AUUGGCACUAGUCUUUUUUAUCAGAAAAAAGAAAAAAAGAAAACUUCUCCAUCUCUCUCUCUCAUUUUCUUCACUAUUAAACGGAGAAAGAUAGAGAGAUAGAUAUUAACAGUCGGUUACUUCUCCGAUCACAAGAAUAUCUGCUUCUCUCUAUCUCUUUAAAAAAUCUCGCCGGGUUCAAACAUAACCGAAUCAAAAUCGAUCAAGCUUAUUGCUCUCUUUCAUGUAUUAAACGUCGUCGUUUUUGAAGUUAUCAUCUAAUGUGAUUGGUUGAGUUUUUUAUUAGAAGAAAGGGGCAAACCUGGAAAAUAGAAGUUGAGAAAAUGAAUCGGUCGGCGAUAACUGUUGGUCCAGGUAUGGAUAUGCCGAUCAUGCAUGACAGUGACCGGUACGAUUUCGUCCGAGAUAUCGGGUCAGGGAAUUUCGGAGUCGCUAGGUUGAUGAGAGAUAAGGUUACUAAAGAACUUGUGGCGGUUAAAUAUAUAGAGCGAGGUGAUAAGAUUGAUGAAAAUGUUCAAAGAGAAAUUAUUAAUCACAGGUCACUGAGACACCCAAACAUUGUGAGGUUUAAAGAGGUUAUUUUAACUCCUACACAUUUGGCCAUUGUGAUGGAAUAUGCAUCUGGAGGAGAGCUUUUCGAGAAAAUCUGCAAUGGUGGUCGUUUUAGUGAGGAUGAGGCUCGAUUCUUUUUUCAACAACUCAUAUCAGGUGUUAGCUAUUGCCAUGCAAUGCAAGUAUGUCACCGUGAUUUGAAGUUGGAGAACACUCUACUGGAUGGAAGCCCAGCUCCUCGGUUGAAGAUUUGUGAUUUUGGGUAUUCCAAGUCUUCAGUGCUUCAUUCACAACCAAAAUCAACGGUAGGAACUCCAGCAUACAUUGCUCCAGAAGUAUUGUUGAGACAGGAAUAUGACGGCAAGAUUGCAGAUGUGUGGUCAUGCGGGGUGACCUUGUAUGUGAUGCUGGUUGGGGCAUAUCCCUUUGAGGAUCCUGAUGAGCCAAAGGACUUCAGGAAGACAAUACAGAGAAUUCUUAGUGUCCAAUAUUCCAUUCCAGAUGUUGUUCAGAUAUCUCCAGAGUGCUGUGACCUCAUUUCUCGAAUUUUUAUUUUUGAUCCUGCAGCAAGGAUUACCAUUCCACAAAUCAAGACCCAUGAGUGGUUUCUGAAGAAUCUCCCUAUGGACCUAAUGGAUGAAAGGACAAUGGGAAAUCAUUUUGAAGAGCCUGAUCAACCCAUGCAGAGCAUUGAUACCAUCAUGCAGAUAAUUUCUGAGGCCACCAUACCAGCAGCUGGGGACCAUGGCCUCAAUCGCUUUAUGGCAGACAAUCUUGACAUGGAUGAUGACAUGAUGGACUUCGAUUCUGAAUCCGAGCUUGAUGUUGAUAGCAGCGGCGAGAUUGUUUAUGCACUUUAAAUCACAUCGUAUCUUUGCAAGAAGCGAUUGUUUGCUCAUGUGGACAUGUCAGGAUCUAGGCAAACGAAGGCAUUAUAGUAUGUUGUAGGUUAGCAUAGACAACAGCAUAGGAAACUGCAAUGUGCUUGUUGGUAUCUGUCAUGCUCAUGAUAUGAAUCUUCUAUUCCUUUCCGUGAGGAGGGAUUUGAUCUUACUGCUUUACAAAGGGUUGGGAAGUGGUGCGAGUUCUCGAACUCAGGAAUAUGCACCCAUUGCCAUCCCACUGAACCGCUGUUUAUUUUACCAUUUUUGCAUUGGUCCUCUGCUUUAUCUUGUUUGUAUUUGCUUCGGCAUAAAAUGUUUGUAUGCUCAUGUAACAGGUAUCUUCUACAAGUUUCAAUAUAAAUCUGGCAGCUAGUUUUCUCACUAGCACAUGCGAAACA